AGCGGCUCGCUGGUUGGCUGUGGGUUUUGCGAGGCUGUCCAAUGGAAGGUUACUGCCUUUUACAAACUGCAGCAGGGUUGUGUCUGGAAAAAAAUUGAUGAACCAAAAAUAAAACUGGACCCAGUGCAGGCCGGACAGGGACAGAUACCGGACCCAGACAAGCCGGACCACGGUAGAACCGGGUGCCUGCGCCGUGCCUCGCUCGGAGCCAAUCAGCCAGCAUUCAGACAACCAUGGCUUCACCCCGUUCCCUCCGGCAGCAAAACCGCGUCCCCCCCGGUAAACGGAAUGAGGGGGCUUCCUUGGCGCAGACUCGAAUCUUCGGCAGGGAGAUGGCGACGGGGGGGCUGCCUCGAGAGAACCACGAGGGAAGGAGUGCUUUGCAGGGGGAUCGUCCCUCAGCCACGCGGGCGAAGGAGAACACUGCCUCCCAGUGUCCAGCUAGGGGCAGCAAAAUACCUGUCCUGGUGAAACCACACAGAGCCAAACUCCCAGCCAACUUCACCAAACUGCACCAGAACUGGGAGGCCAGCUUCCAGAAGGGGAAAGCCCUCAAAAAGAAGCCGUGCACCCAGCCUGUGCCUUUUAACCUGACCCAAAAAGGUGCCAAGACCACAGUGGUAAGGGAAACUGACUUGAGACGACAAGCCAAAGGAGCACCUGACUCGAACCCUGCGUUGCCGCUUUCAAGGGUACAGAAGACUCCUGGCAAAGACGAGACAGUUCACGGCUUGACAAGGAACCCAGUUCAACCGAACCACGAAAUGCCACUGGACACUAAUGGAGCGCACAGUGACCAGCCGGUGCGGAUUAUAGCUGCCAGUCCUGAUGAAGCUGUUGCCACUCCCAGUAAUGCAGCACGUCGUGUAGCAGUAGCCUUUCACACAAACUCUGCCGGCAUGGAACAGAAUGGCUCGUCGCAGUAUAACCAGCCACAAUUGAUUCCCUUCACACUUAACCAGCUGCCACAUGUGGCUUUGGAAACCACAAUAAACAGGAAUGCAGCUGCCGUGGCACCCCGCACCCCCACACACUCCGGAAACCAGCCCCCCAGAGCGACUGUGGAGCCCAGAGUUGGCACAGAACCAGGAGAGAAGUCUGUGUCCUAUGCCCCCAAGCCACUUGUGCACAACAGUUCAGAUUUUGCUGUUCCAGAUUCAGGAGCUAAGAACAAGUCUCUGAAACAGAGACCCUCCCCGGCACACCCUGCCCCCCCUCCUCAGAAACCUGCUGCCCUGGCAAAGGAUGGCAAAGCUGCAGUGGAGGAUUUUGUCCCAGAUCCCGCGGCUCUGGCCAGUAUCCUGCAGAACCUGGGACUGAAUCCAGGCGGCGCUGCACCCAGCGGCUCAGCGUCUCGAGCACCCACACUGGGCAGGGGCUCGGUGUACCUGCCCCAGAGAGUAACUAUGUCUGUCCGAGCAAAAGGCUUCGAUCGGCACAUGACUCCCGGCCGGGCCAAUCAGAACUCCCAUCGGACCUCAGUGUGGACCCCGGGGAGAGUGUUGGACACCAGACCCCAGUCCACGAGGAAGCUGUCGACCAUGCAGAGGCCCUGUGGCUUUAGAGGCACUCCGAUGCAGACUCCAUCCCAGCAGAGAAUAGCCUGGAUGAACGCCGUGACGAGCAAGCUGCGGAAUGCGAAUGGGUCCCCUUGCAUGGAGCACGUAGCUGUGAGGCUCUUUGAGAAACCUGAAGAGGGGGACGGACAGCUGGACACGCAGGUGAACCGGGACAGAGACGAGAAUAAUACCCUUUCAUCACCUCCCCAGGGUCAGGAAGAAGAGGGGGCUAGCCGACCUCCGCAGGAGAGAGAAAGGGAGGCAGCGGCUCCAGCCUUCUUCCAGUCUGUCAGCAGGGAAUCCGUCAUAGUGUUCUCCCAGGGGAGGAGGGUCUGCCAGCAGGUGGAGGCUCAGGAAAACGGGAAGGCUUCUCAGGCCUCCAAUGGACCUUUGAGUUCUGCACCCUUUAGGAGCACUCCAGCUGGAGUCGUCCAGUCUAAACUGGUCCCCGGCCCCAGCACUUUCUCUGAGACAAAGAGCACUCCCUCCACAUUAUCAGCACUGCAGUCAGGACACGCCCUGCCCUGCCACUCUUCACUUUCAGGGCGGCUGGCUACUUCACAAGAUGAAACAACUGGUCAACCUGUGGGGGUCAGGUGGAAAAUACCUGCUGCUGCAGCGCCCCCCUCUGGCUCCUUGAUGAAACAGCGGCUGCUAGUGCAGCGAAUGCAAGACGUUCUGCUGGAUGAGGAGUGUGCCUUCUACACGUCUCGGACUCGGGACCAGCACUGCCCCGUCCCGCUCUGCAGAGACCUGCACAACCCCCUGGCACGCACCUUCCACUUGCAGGAGGCCCUUCAUUUUGUCCCGAUUCUCCCGGGCUGAAUUACCUGCAGCCCUUUCCUCAGCCAGCAGAGCCGUGUCUGCACUUCCAUCACGAUGCACUGGGGAGAGCUGGGGCCAGCUGAACCUCGUCCUGUCCACAGACUGCCAUCUAAUCUACUGUGUUCACGUAAUGAAGCAGCCCUGUGCGCGGAAUGCAACACCAACACCUUUCUGAUUCGCAGGAACUCUUGGGGUGAAAUAUCUCCGCAUCAGUAUUGCCUCUGCGGUUCCUGAAUGAUGAUGGCGAUUCUCAUUUUCGAUUACAAAGUGCCAGUCAUGUGACUAAGCGAUUGUUGCCACACUUCAAACAUCAUCUGUGUUUGUGUGUUUUUAAAGCAAUCUUGGAGACCCACUGCAUAAAAGCAAUUAACAUUUGAAAUGAUACUUUUUAAAAUGAGUUGUCUCGCAUCCUAAAACCACCUGAAUCGGGGUAGGGUUUGUGGACUCUGGUAAUUGCAUUUGACUGAUUUUUCUUUGGUUUUAUAGCCAUUGAUAUCUCAGUGAUAGUUCACCAUGAAGCCAAUUCUUUCUUGGAGUCCUGUAGUUAUUCUACAAAUAAGGAUAGCCAGUGGUUUACAGCUAUCCUUUUGAGUGAAAAACCAUAGCACUCCCUGAAUGUAGAUGCAAUAUUCUCUUUAUACAGAUGUGGGGAAGAGAGCGUAUGUUUAAACUUGUGAAGGGUGGUCCAUAUUUGCCGUGGCACUUUUAUUUUGCAUUCUGUUCUUUUAAGUGUUGACUUUAUUGAGCAGCCCCCUUGUGGCCAAAUGGUGCGUCACAUUAUUUCCCUUGUGUCGCCCUCCACGUACCCUCCAGUUUCCACGAUGCUCAGACAACGCUGUGAAUUGAAUUGCGCUGCAUUUGCAGAAUGUUCUUCCUUGGAUCAAGCUCUGGAUAAUUUGGAACAGUCUUUUUUUUUUUUUUUUUAACACAGUAUUGAUUUUGGAUUUAAAUGAGAUCUGGUUAAAAAAACAAGAGAAUAUCCACUGUGGCGAAUUCAGUUUUCAAGGGCAGAUCUCUCUCUCUCUGUUUUCAUUAUGCAGGUUAAUACUACUGACCACCUGCCCUGGCCAAAGCCUCCCUUGUCACUAAUCAUGUGAUUGUCUUGCUCGUGUUUGUUUGUCUAUUUUUAUGUACAGUAUUUUGAAAAUAAAGUUUAU